AUGUUUCAACGCCCUCACGUCUCAACCUCGGCAUUGAGGCACUUGACGAAGCUAUCUAGGAGCUUCUCGACGUCACUGCCACGACAAGGACCUUAUGAUGAGACAAUUAAAAACCUUGAGCUGAAUGAUAAGAGUCGGGUGAUCUUUCAGGGGUUCACUGGCAGAGCGGCAACCAUAAAUGCAAAGGACACCAUAGAAUACGGUACUAACGUGGUCGGUGGUGUCUCCCCGGGCAAGGGAGGCCAGACACAUCUCGACCUUCCAGUCUUUAAUACUGUUCAAGAGGCUAUGGCUGAGGUUAAGCCACAUGUGAGCGCCGUCUUUGUCCCUGCCCAGUUCGCCGCCAAGGCCAUAAUCGAAUCCAUAGAGGCCGAGGUACCCCUCGUUGUCUCGGUUGCGGAACAUGUUCCAGUACACGAUAUGCUUCGCGUUCAUGAGAUUCUGAGAACACAGUCCAAGACUCGUCUGGUUGGACCAAACUGUCCGGGAAUCAUUGCACCGGAGCAGUGCCGGGUUGGCAUUAUGCCGUACAAGCAGUACACUCGCGGUUGUGUGGGUAUUGUGUCCAAGUCGGGCACACUUAGCUAUGAAGCGGUUGGGUCAACCUCAAGAGCAGGCCUCGGCCAGAGCAUCGUCGUUGGAAUGGGAGGAGACAUGCUUCCAGGUACAACUCUAGCUGAUGGAUUAAAACUCUUCUUCGAACACGACGAAACAAGAGGCAUCAUUGUAAUUGGCGAGAUUGGUGGCGAAGCCGAGCUUGAAGCUGCCGAGCUCAUCAAAGAAUACCGCAAGACGGCAAACCCAAAGCCGGUUGUGGCCAUGGUAGCUGGAAGAACGGCGCCCGAGGGCAAGACAAUGGGUCACGCUGGGGCAGUCUUCUCGGCUGGAGAUAUCACGGCUGGGGCCAAGGCAAAGGCCCUUGAGGAUGCUGGAGCUAUUGUGGUUCCCCAUCCAGGCGUCAUGGGCAAGAAGAUGAGAGAGCUUCUCGGCGGAAACGUGGUCAUCAAGCCACAAGUUCUCUUGGAAAAGAGUCAACGCUACGCCGUCAAAGACAAGGAAGACGGUGAAGGAAUAGCCACCAGGAUACUUGGUCAUCGAACUGGAUUACAUCCGCUCGACGAUAGCAUCCCGGCUGUAAGCCGUCUUUAUGUCGAAGAGGCAGUCCAGUUCGACAAGAAGUGGCAUAUCGCGAUGACCAUCGACCGAGAGAACUACUGCCCUGUCAUUAGAAUAAAAGACUUGGAAUCUUGUCAGGGAUCGCCAAUCCAUGAAGAGCAGAAGAAUCCCCAAUACUCCUUCGGGUUCAGCCUGAGGAACGGCAUUUCUGACAAGAUCAUCGCCGACAUAUCGAAGACACUGCAGCUGCCGGAAACGAAAACUGAGACACUGGGAAAUAUACUUCAAGGGAUGUUUCGAAUAUUUUCUGAAAAAGAGGCUAUCAACCUUGAGACACAUCUUCUGAACAUCGCGGAUGGCCGGCUUAUUUGCUCAGACUCCGGAUUUUUCUUCGACGAUGCUGCCCAAAAGCGACAACCCGAUUUGUUCGCCUUAAGAGACUCUGCCCAAGAGGUUCGGGAAGAGGUUGAAGCCGAGAAAUACGGCUUGGUCUACGUCAGGAUGGACGGAAACAUCGGAAACGUGGUCAAUGGAGCUGGCUUGGCCAUGGCUACAAAUGAUGCCAUCAGUCUUUAUGGAGGUUCCAGUGCUAACUUUCUCGAUGCUGGAGGGCAGGCUACGAAGGAGACUAUGCUGCAGGCUUUCGGGAUAAUUAUGAGAGACGAGCGAGUCAAGGCAAUCUUGGUCAACAUUUACGGCGGCAUUACGAGAUGCGAUAUGAUCGCCGAGUCCAUCAUCGCAGCGGCAAGUGAGCUUGGCCCGCUGUGCGUGCCAAUGGUGGUGCGACUGCAAGGCACCAACUCUGAAGCAGGCUUGAAACUCCUUUCUGAAACUGAUCUUGGUAUCCACGUCGAGGCAGACUUUGGCGAGGCGGCUAGAAAGGCGGUAGAACUCGCGAACCAAGACUAUUAG